ACAGCUCUAGGAUAAUAAAUGGAAAACCUACAGAGCCGCAUAAAUAUCCUUGGAUGGUUUCAAUAUUUCUCAAAGAUGAGAAUGGUACGCUUUAUCAUAAUUGUGGUGGAUCUCUGAUAAACAAUCAGUUUAUACUUACUGCUGCUCAUUGCACUAAUAACAUUCCAAAAGCAAACCUUGCAGUUUCUAUUAGUGAUCAUGAUAUUGACAAACCGGAUGGUGAGGCUUAUGAAAACAUUUGUGAGUCAAUUAUCCAUCCGGGUUGGAGUAGGUCAAGUUUUUUGGGGUUUGACAUAUCAUUAAUAAAACUGUGCCAGCCUAUCGCCUUUACAGAGACAGUGUCCCCUGUAUGCUUGCCCUCCAUACACGGUUUAGGAAAAGAGUUUGAAAAUAUGGAGGCUAUUGUUGCUGGGUGGGGAAUAACAUCAGAGGAAUGGAAUAAUACCAAUGUUCUAAUGGAGGUUAAGGUAAAAACCAUGAGUAAUGCAGAUUGCUGUGAUGCUAAGAAGGGACCCAAGUGGCCAUGUGGUUUUGCUAUGACUCUAAUGUGUGCUAAAGAAGAAGGACCUAAGGGUUCAUGUAAAGGGGACUCUGGAGGACCUUUAGUUAUUAAAGGCAACACUGGAGCUUUUACUCAGAUUGGAAUUGUAGCAUUUGGAUUCACAAACUGUACUUCGGAUGAGUACCCUGGUGUGUAUACUCGGGUUUCACCAUACUUGGACUGGAUUAAAGAAAACUCUAAAGUUCCUCUUACAUCUUCACCAUCUUCUGGUCUAUAAUUAUGAGAGUCAAGAUUGGUGAAUUAGUUGAUAUCAUUGGUGUUUUAAUUGGUUUCAAUAAAUUCGGAAUAUCUUA